AUGACGUACAGGACAGCGAGGGCUAAUGAUCAGAGGAAUCAGCCCCAUGUUAAGCAUUCCUUUAGUGUAGGGAACUUGAUAGGGGAUCCAUUUGCUAUUUCUACUCUGUCUAUCACGUUAAUAGCAUGGAUAAUCGCGUUGGGAGGAUCUAUCCCAUCACCACAAUACCCCACAUUUAGUUGGUUUGCGAUUGGAUAUCAAUUUUUGGUUAUGCUCUGCGUUUUGAUAUUCUACUUAUUCGAUCUGAUUGAUUACUACAGGACGUUCUUGGCAUCUGGGGUUGCAGUUGCAUUUUUUUAUACCAGUGCAAGUCUGUCAACUGUUCUGUACCAGGACAAACCUUCCUUUGCAGCUGCAUCUGCGGGGCUUACUAUGCUGUCGAUUGUAGAUUUUUUAUGGAUGUUUUACUUUGGGGCGGACAACGCUUCUCCUUCGAACAGGUGGAUCGACUCAUUUUCUGUGAAAGGUAUCAGACCGUCGGUGGUUGAUUCUUCAUUGGUUUUAUCUCGUGCUCGCAAGUCAUAUGUGGAUCGGCAACCUGCACUCGCAGCAUUCUACGGAGGUCAUGAAGCCCAAUCUCAGAAUUACAUGUCUUCUACUGCUUUAAAUGGUUUCGAGAACGCAGACCCCCGUGCUAGUAACAGCUUUGGAAUGGGUAAUAGUGGACAGAACCAAAUAAUGGGUGCAUUCGAUUCACAAGGAACGAACACUUACGUUACAGAUACCACCAAUGGUAAUACCGAGACUACUAUGGGUGACACACUGGGGUUGUAUAGUGAUGUUGGAGAUGAACUUAUAAGCUUCCCUUACACCUCCAGGGCACUUUAUGCCUAUGAAGCUGACGAAUCUGAUGCCUAUGAAAUCUCCUUCCAACAGGGAGAAAUUUUACGGGUUGGCGAUAUAGAAGGAAGAUGGUGGAAAGCCAAGAGGUCGAAUGGUGAAACAGGUAUUAUUCCAAGCAAUUACGUGGAAUUGAUUGACGAUCCUUCGAUGUUGUAA